AUGAGUGUGAUUCAAGACCUUCAAUUAUCAGAAAGCACUGUUUUAAGGAGAGUAGAAGCAAUUCCUGAUGGCAUGCAAUCUCAACAUGUGGAUGGUUUUUCUCUCCAAUUUAAUGAGUCCACGGAUAUUUCCGAUACGUCGUGGUUAGCUGUUAUGAUAAGAAUGGUAUUUAAUGACUUUUCUGUUAAAGAAGAAUUAUUAAAAAUUCUGCCAUUGAGAACGCGAGGAGAGGACAUUUACAAUGUUUUUAAGAUGUUUGCAGCAGAAAUUGGUUUGCCGCUUAAAAACCUAUUGGUAAUUAUUAUAGACAAAGCAACUGCCAUGACAGGAAGAACCAACGGCUUUGUCACUUUGUGCAAGAAAGACGAGUGUUUUCCAAACUUCAUGUCUUAUCACUGCAUCAUUCAUCAAGAAGGAUUGUGCACAAAGAUACUUCCAUUUUAA